AUUGCAACCUCAUCAGCUCCUCCAGUUGGCACGUCUACCUCUAUUCUUUGGUUUAGCAACAACGACGGUGUGCACCCACAGUGGCAGAACACCAUAGAUAAUAUUCGAGACCGUCUGGAACAAGUGCGAUCUAUACUCUUACAAAUUCCUCGAGGAUUCGGAGGUUCGGCGCGUCUUCGAUCUACCCUGCGACCGACGACAACAACCCUUUCCCUCCCCACAAGCCUUGUGCACAGCCUGCCAACAAAGAAUCUAGUCGUCAAUCUGCACAAAGAACAGAAUCAAUUCGAGAUUGGUCACAAGGAAUCAUACUUUGGCGCAGGAUCCCGCCCCGCAGUUGUCCUGCCUUGUCCAGAUCGAGGGCAGCUAGGCUAAAGGCACCAAGAAGAAUUGAGCCAGCAGCAGACAGAGGCGUUACUCCACAGUCUGAUCUGACGUUCUCAAGAGCAUUCUACCUCUGAAGUGGUCUUGUGGGAAUUCUGCGAUGAUUUGAUGGUUUUGUAAAGGUGAACAGAUGAGAAGUCGCGUCACCGGGAGGGACUGAAUCACGCGUCCAAAAAAGGUACAUGGGCCUUGAUAACGUCAAGGAAUUCGAGCCCUGAGUUUUGAUCAUUUGCCCUCAUGAAGUACUGAGAAUUGGGGCUGCAAGUGGAAUUAGGACGCGUCAAAGCUUGGUACUGUACGAGGAAGGAAAGGCAAUAGGAUUGACUGGAGGAAGGGAAAGACUGUUCAAAGGCUGGACUACCAGCAUCAGACUUGUUUGGAAUAUUGUGAUUGUACAAUACCGCAGCAUGCCUACCAUUCAAGUUGGCCCAGGCUCAGACCUGGAGCUUCAAGAGGUUGCGGAUAUCAUGGGGAACUCGAAGAAAGUCGUGGUGGUAACUGGGGCAGGCAUCAGUACCAAUUGUGGCAUCCCGGAUUUUCGUUCUGAGAAUGGUCUGUACUCUCUGAUCCAAGCCCAGUACGACGCAGCUAUCAAGAAUCCUCCUUGGGAACAUUCCAAUAUCUUCGAUAUUGACGAUAGGCCGAAGAAGAAGCGCAAGCAGUGGUACUAUGAAGUUGUGGCUCCUGACGGUAAAGUUGUCGAUGUGAUAGACGAGGAAAUCGCUCCACCAGAAACUUCGCAGCCGGACCCGCUUCCCGAAAGUCAACAACCGCACACUCCCAGGCGUUCUUCUCGAUCUCGCUCAUCAAACACCACCAACUCCAAUUCUCGCACUUCUACUCCAUCAAUUCACUCUUCCGCAGAGAGUUCGCUAUCGAGCUGCUCCUCUAUCACUCCUGAGGUGCCCCUUUCAUUCUCGCAGAACACAGUCAAAAGCUCUCCACCAAUCGCCUCCGAUCGCUCUAUCAGCCCAGUUGCUUCACGAAACGUAGCCGCCGACACAUCCAACAGCAUAGACGCCUCUUCGCCACUCUCCUCUCCAAUAUCCUCUCCAGAACCCUUUCAAGAGUCCUCACCAGAACCCUCACAAGAAUCUUCGCAAGAAUCAUCUCCCGCUCCUCAACCAUCCCAAUCCCAAAAUUCGUCUAGUGGCAAUCGACAAAGUCUACCUAACCUUAAGGGGCGCGAUCUCUUUGACUCUAUGGUCUGGCAGGACGCUUUCACUACAAGCAUCUUUUAUAUGUUCAUUUCGAGUCUUCGACAGAAGGUUCAAGAUGUCGCCUCAACAACCCACUCCCACAAAUUCCUCCGUGUGCUCCGAGAUGGUGGCCGCCUUGUGCGAAAUUAUUCGCAAAAUAUCGACCUACUGGAAGAAAGGGAAGGCCUCUGUACGGACCUGGCUCAAGGGACUGGGUCGAAAGCACGAUUCAGCCGACGAGGAGGAGGAGGAUCUGGAUCUGGAGGCUGCGAAUCUGUUACAUUGCACGGAUCUCUGGAAUGGCUACGAUGCUCGUUGUGUAAUACCAAAUCCAACUGGGAUGACGAGGGUCGAAUUACAACAACACUCGCAGGCAGCGCCCCAGACUGUCCGACCUGCCAGACGUACUCCAACAAGCGGACUGGCAACGGUCGACGAAAACUUGCCAUUGGGCGCCUAAGGCCAGACAUUGUGCUCUACGGGGAGGAGCAUCCCAAUGCCAAUCUUAUUGCUCCUCUCGUCACACAUGAUCUGGCCUUAGGCCCCGAUGUGCUCCUCAUAAUGGGGACGAGCCUUCGCGUACACGGGCUGAAGAUAAUGGUGAGGGAGUUUGCCAAGGCAGUCCACUCGAGGGGUGGAAAGGUAGUGUUUGUGAACCAGACUAAGCCCUCAGAGAGUACCUGGGGCGAUAUCAUCGACUAUUGGGUGUCCUGGGAUUGCGACCAAUGGGUCCUUGAUCUGAAGGAUCGGAGAGAGGAUCUGUGGCUGCCACCAGGAGCCGUGACUGAGGAGAGGAGGAAAUCGGUUGGAGCCUGUACAACUGUACCCAAGCGACCACAGUGCAAGAGGGACGACAAGAUAAAUGGCGUGUACAUAACAUUCAAAAUCUUGGACCAGUUGGGAACCUUCAAGGACGAUCAAGGACAGACAGCCAAGCGAUCAUCAUACUGGACUGGACGAGCACUGCCAGCUAAGAAAGAACCGGCGAAGAAGCAGCCUGCAAAGACAGGAACGAAACAUACCAUGAAGUUCACGCAAGUACCCAAGGGCUUGGUGACGAAACAGACCACAUCCAAACCGAAGAGGAAGUCAGCACCAGCACGAAUUGAGCAAGACACAUACCCUCAGAAUAACCAAGUUGCCAUCGUCACAAAGUACUGGGAGAAGCUUCAAGGCCUGGCACCUGGAUUGGGUGCAGCACCACAAUACCUACGAACUCCCCUCGCACCAUUCUCUGGCAACGAGAAGCCCGAUUUCCUCAAACCCUUCGCAUUCAACUCCUCCUCCAACCAUCUUCCGAACAUCGGCACUUCAAGCGACUGGCUACUCUCCAAGAUAAACCUUGUCUCACACCCACCUUCUGGAACAUCGAUUCCUAUCCACACGCCAAAGCCAGAAGAGAGGAAAGCAGCAGAGCAACGAGCUAAGGAGAAGAAGGCCGAGCAGAAGAAGGUCGAGGAGAAGCAAGCCGAAGAGAAGAAGGCCGAAGAGCGGAAAAUCGUACACUCCUACGGCACUCGAGCAUCCAAACGGUUCAGCGCAGCAGACACAAUCGUAGUAGACAGCGGCGAAGUUGAAACGGUACUACAGAGCGGAGAAGUCGAGAAUCCAACAGACGAGAGAGAAGAUACCAUCGUGGUGGACGAGACGGCGUGUACACCAGCUAGCGACGAUCGUAUCAAGCGGAGCUGUAGUAUUGGAGCGAUUGUGUCGAGUCCCGAGGAGGGAACUACGUGGCAUGAUGCGCAGGAGGUUUUGUGACUUCGGCUGUUGGAAUUGAGUGAGACAGAUAGACAGAGACAGAUAUAGUGGAACACAGUGUUGGUUUAGUUCUAAGGCAGUGGAUGGGUUGGAUGAGAUGACUAUAUUGUGUCUAUACGGCACUAACAUCAGCAAGACAGCAUGAGAUACGAAAUGAAACAUAAUUGAACGUCCCCUCUUGACCCUUGUUUGUUUACUUCCGUUUAUGCUUUAACCCGUGUAAGAUAUUUCGUUGCGAGCGUAGUAGUCUAAUGUCCAUCUGAAUAGAAGUCUACUCCAGAUGGAAAUCGGAUGUUAUCGUUUUCUUCCGCUGGUAUUUCGAUCAUUCCAACAAUGAUUUAGUAGGGGUACCAUUCUUCGACCUCAUCGUCCCGUCGCUGAACCUCAACAAGCCUCACCACCUGGUCUCUACUUAAGGUGCGACUUUGCUGCUUCUGAAGUUUUACCUCACGGGAUGCAAUGACUAACACCGACUCCAGCUCCUGCACGUCCCAUCUUUUGUCACGACCGAUUCCCAGCCCCGGAUCCCCUACUUUGUCUCAGAACAUCAGGUGACAUCCAAAGUAAAGCUACUAUUUGAUGCCUAGACAAGAUCUCUUUUCUCUCGCUCUUCUUCUUAUAUUACUCCUACCUACUCCCGUCCUGUCUUGUCAGAAACAGAAGCAUAAGCAUUAGCAAACAGCACCCAAGCAACACCACCACCACCGCCACAACCGAUGCCUGAUCUGGUCAACUGACUCCCUUGACUAAAACCUAUUUCAUCAACUCCGAAGCAACGGCGGAGGGCGUGAAGGAGGCUCUUAAGAGAAGAGUAGGAAGAAAAGGUCUUGUCUUCUCUAUCUACUCUAACUUUCGUCCAAUCCUAAAAUUUCCCCUCUUUCCUCAAUUUCCACCUCCUCGCACGUCUCUUCCUCGGAUUCUCUUUCUAGCCACUUUUUUUUCUUAUUAUUUUGAGUCUCUAUUCCUCGCGAACAGUGGUUGAGCAGGAAAAGAAAGAGGGGAAGAAGGGGAAAAGGGAGAGGGAGAGGGAUUGGGGAGUGGGAGUGGGAAAAGGACUUUGAGGAAGGGACCAGAGUGGGGAGGGGGAAUGGGAGGAUGAGAGGAUGAGAGGAUAGAUGGUGUACGGCUUAAUUGAACGUUGGAAAAGUGGGAAGAAGUGAAGAUGAAGGGAUAUGGG